AUGGCGACUAGCAACCUUCAUGUCCGCGAUUCACCGGACCUAGGCAAGCCGCAGCUGGCGUCUCAUGCAUGGCUGGAACCUAUUGUGGUUGUGAGCAUCAUGGUUGGGUCCUUGAUCCUCAAUCGUCGUCGUGAUUCUGGCAGAAGCUCGACAGCAUCGAGUAACUACAACUACUCCCUACUGGAAGAUGGAAACGCUUUGAACGACAAUGACCUACAUGCGAAGACCGAAAAUGUAUACGGCAUCAACAUCAAGAAGCUCGACUCAUCACGUUGGGCAAAUCAUAUUCACAGUAGAAUCUUGCAAAAGUUUCCUUUUUUGGUUGAAAUGUUCUACUGGGCUAUGAAUUACCUCUUUUAUUCAGUCACGAAAAGCACAGCACAGUGGCUAUCACCAGCUCAAAUAGGCGUUGUCCAAGUUGCACGCGAUCAUGCCACCGAUAUCCUCGACUUUGAACACCGGACUGUAUCUUGGAUGUUUCCGAUAAAGGAAGUGGAUUUCCAACAGUUCUUUAUCAACAGUCACCCGGGAAUCCUCACUGUUUUCAAUCGGAUUUACUCCCUGGUCCAUAUCCCGGGGACCGUGUUGUUCCUUUCAUGGUACUAUUAUUCUGCAAAGAACCAUGCAUCCUUUGCCGUGGCUCGAAGGACCAUGACCCUCGGCAACCUCGCCGCCUUUUUGGUGUUUUGCGUAUACCCCUGCAUGCCACCGCGACUGCUUCCCGAAUCGUAUGGAUUCUAUGAUACUGUACGGCAAGGGAAUGCCGAGAGUGUCUGGGUUGGUGGGAAGUCUGUGAAUCAAUUUGCGGCUAUGCCAAGUCUGCACUUCACUUAUGCUUUCGUGAUUGGCGGCACCUUUCUGCACUAUUCCGGCGUACUGCAACGGAUUCGCGGCCAGUCACCAUCAAAGUCCAAGAUGACCGAAUUUGGAUUCCUGGCUCUUUCCAUUCUUUAUCCAAUGCUUGUUCUAAGUGUCAUUGUUGCCACAGCAAAUCAUUACUGGCUAGAUGCUGUCGCAGCAAUUUUUACAGUGACUUUGUGUUAUCGCUGCAACAGGAUCCUUCUUUUGCUUCUGCCAAUCGAACAUGCUCUUUGUUGGGUCUUACGUCUAGCAAAACCCAUACCUACCACAGGCGAUAGGGGCGGUGCACGUGAGAAUUGGAGCUGA